ACCAAACAUGCUAAGUGACCUGCCAGCCGGCUGGCCGCCACGUUAAUCCACCAUCGCCGCUUAGGUUUCUCCGGUUCCAGAGAGUGUAGACUGAAGCAAAAAUGGAGCACAACAAGAAGAAGCUCAUCAUUCUACUCUCAAUAGCAUCCGUCGCAGCUCUCUCAAUCAUCUUCCAAAGACGCCGUCAGAAGAAGAACCGCCACGCCGCUCGCUGUUACUUACACACCGAUCCUAAGCCUCAGUACACUUUCAAACACGUCUUAGCUGAUAAUUCCUACUCUCCUUUCAACCACCUGAACCUUGACGGUCUUGAAGAGAAAUCGCAUCCAUAUGAAGCGGAUAUCACAGCAUUAAUCGAUAAUCCGCCGGUUGAGUUUAAGUUUUUGGAAGGUGUCGAUAUAGACUUGGAAAUGAAUGAUUCUUAUGUUUGGGUUGAUACCGAGUCGCAAUUGACUCAACUAGCUGAUGCUUUGAGCAAAGGGAAGGUUUUCGCUGUUGAUACAGAGCAGCACAGCUUGCGAUCCUUUCUAGGUUUUACUGCUCUAAUACAGAUUUCUACUAAGAAGGAUGAUUAUUUGGUGGAUACAAUUGCAUUACAUGAUUCAAUGAGUAUUCUUCAUCCAGUAUUUGCUGAUCCUAAUAUUUGCAAGGUGUUCCAUGGAGCUGAUGGGGAUGUUGUUUGGUUGCAAAGAGACUUUCACUUAUACAUAGUUAACCUCUUUGACACUGCAAAGGUGAGGUUUAAGUAUUAACUAGCUUUGUAACCUGAUAUUUCCACUGCUUUCAUUCUCUUUUUGAUUGACUGAUAUCAUUUUGUUUAUUUCAUGAAGUUGUGGAUUCUAGAAUCUUGAUAGUAGGUUGUAUUUUUCUGAUUCUGUUAUGAAUUUUUAAUUUU